GUCUCGAGGAGAGGCACGAGGAGCCGCGCUUCGCUUAGGGAGCUUUUUGUUUCGCGCGGGGGUGCAGGUGCCGCCGGUAAGAGCGAGUCGCUUUAUUUGUGGGUUAGUCAGUCAGAACAGCGUCUCAGAUCGCGCGAGGCAGACCGAAAGGCGAACGGACCGCCGGCGCGUACAGCUCGCGGCUGCGCUCCUACUCCGUAAACCGGACGCGCGCAACAGAUUUCCCCUCCGAGACGGGAGACGUUGGCAUUGAUGUCGGAUGUUAUUUGAAUUAUUUAUAUUUACGGCGUGCUGCAGUUGUCCGAGCGAGCCUUCACGUCGGAGCAUUCCGGACGGCGUUUCGUGAACCGGGGGAUGCUUUUGGAACGGUAGUGGCGCGUGCAGUGCAUCUCAGACCGUGGUACAAGGGAAGGCACGGUGCCAGGGCUUGGACUCACCUCUGAGAGUGCGAGCGGCAUUUCAGCCAAAAAUGCAUGGCAACAAAGACGGACUCCUGGUGUCUGCCACGCUGGUGCUGCUGGUGGCUCAGCACGCGGCGGGCAAGACGCUGAAAUACCAAGUUUACGAGGAGCAGAAGGUCGGUACGCUGGUCGGCCGGCUGAAGGAAGACGCAGCGGAUGUUUUAGCGAACCUCCCCGGCUCCGUGCCGCUGCGCUUCCGAGCCAUGCAGCGGGGCAGCGCGACUGCUCUGUCCGUGCGCGACCAGGAUGGAGAAAUCGCCAUCAAAUCCAGACUGGACCGGGAGAAACUGUGUGAGAAGAAUCUUAACUGCUCUAUCGAGUUCGACGUGCUGACCCUCCCCACCGAGCACCUGCAGCUGUUUCACGUAGAAGUGGAGAUUCUGGACAUCAAUGACAACGCGCCUCAGUUCUCGCGCUCGGUCAUCCCGAUAGAGAUUUCAGAAACGGCCGCGGUAGGCACACGUAUUCCCCUGGACAGUGCGAGCGACCCCGACGUCGGGGAGAACUCACUGGACUCGUACUCGCUCACUCCAUCCGAAUUUUUUAAAAUUGACGUGCUUACUAGAACCAACGGUGCCAAAUACGCGGAGCUCGUGGUGCUCAAAGAACUGGACCGGGAGAUGCGCGCGAGCUAUGAACUUCAGCUCACGGCGUCAGACAGGGGCGUUCCUCCAAAAUUCGGCACGACGCUUCUUAAAAUCAGCGUUGCCGAUUCUAACGACAACAACCCUGUUUUUGAGAAACCGUCGUACGUCAUCAGCCUCCCCGAGAACUCGCCGAUGGGCACCUUGCUGCUGGACCUGAACGCCACAGACCCCGACGAAGGCACCAACGGUAAGAUCGUCUAUUCCUUCAGCAGCCACGUGUCUCCCAAAGUCACGGAGACGUUUAAGAUCAACCAGGACAAUGGGCAGCUGAGCCUCCUCAGGAAGGUGGACUUUGAAGCGGCGGAGUCAUAUGACAUCGACGUGCAGGCCCAAGACAUGGGGCCCAAUGCCAUGCCAGCGCAUUGCAAAGUCAUCGUUAAGGUGGUGGACGUGAACGACAACAGGCCCGAGAUCAGCGUGACGCUGAUGUCUACGGCAGGAGAGGAGGUGGCAGCCGUGUCAGAGGGGGCGGCGCCCGACACCUUCGUGGCUCUGGUGAGCGUGGACGACGCGGACACGGGCGCCAAUGGCGAGGUGGUCUGCCGCCUGCACGGACAGGGAGACUUCCGCCUCCAGAAGACGCACGAGCGGAACUUCAUGAUCCUGACCAACGGCAGCCUGGACCGCGAGCAGCGCGCAGAGUACACGCUGACGGUGGUGGCAGAGGACAGAGGCUCGCCCAGCCUCUCGGCUGCGCGCCACAUACUGGUGCGCGUGCUGGACGAGAACGACAACGCGCCGCGUUUCGACAGGAGCGCCUAUGAGAUCUUUAAGGCAGAGAACAACUCGCCGGGUGCCUACUUGGGCGCGGUGCAGGCGUCCGAUCUGGACCAGGGCCCCAAUGGCCAGCUCAGCUACUCGGUGGUGGAGAGCCAGGUGCAGGGCAGCUCCGUCUCCACCUACGUGACCGUGGACCCGUCCAGCGGCGCCCUGUACGCGCUGCGCAGCUUCGAUCGCGAGGACGUGCCGCGCGUGUCCUUCCUGGUGCAGGCGCGUGAUUCCGGAAGCCCUGCCCUGAGCAGCACCGUCUCCGUGACCAUGACCGUCCUGGACGUGAACGACAACAGGCCCGUCAUCCUGGCCCCGCCCUUGUGGAACCACACCGCCGACGUGCCCGUCUCCAGGUACACGGAGGCGGGCGAACUGGUGACCGUCGUCAGGGCGACGGACCGCGAUACGGGUGCCAACGGCGAGCUGGUGUGCUCGCUCGUCGGGGGCAACGAAGCCGGCUACUUCUCCAUGGACGGCAGGACCUGCGAGAUCCGCGCCAACAGGAGCCUGCGGGAUGCCCCGGCGGAGCGGGCGGAGCUGGCGGUGCUGGUGCGGGACCAGGGCAGCGAGCCACUGGCAGCCCGAGCCGUCCUGCGCCUCACCCUCUACGAGAACGUGCAGAACGCCGCCGACCCUCGGCAGACGGGGGGCGGGGCCGGUGGCAGCCCGCUGGACGCCUCCAUGCUAAUCAUCAUCUCAUUGGGCGUGGUCUGUGGCCUACUGCUGAUGGUGAUGGUGGGCUUCGCCCUGCGCUGCGCGCGCCACAAAGACCCCCGCACCUACAACUGCCGUGUGGCCGAGACCACCUACCAGCCCCACCCCCGCCGGCCUGAGGGCCACCUGCACAAGGGCGACAUCACGCUGGUGCCCACCGUCAACGGCACGCUGCCCAGCCGGUCACACCGCCGCUCACCUGCCCCCUCCCCCAGCCCCCAGAGGGCGCACAUGAACAGUGGACAGAGCCCCCACAGCCACCAAUCACUCAACAGCCUGGUCACCAUCUCGUCCAGUCACAUCCCAGAGGGCUUCGCCCUUGAACUCACGCACGCCACGCCUCCUGUGGAGCGAGUCUCACAGCUGCUCUCACUACUCCACCAGGGCCAGUAUCAGCCCCGUCCCAGCUACCGAGGGAACAAACACUCCCGCACCUUCAGGUAUGCUCUCCCAGACAUGGAUAAAUUCAGUCUGAAGGACAGUGGGCGUGGCGACAGUGAUGCGGGUGACAGUGACUGUGAGAUUGGCCGUGACUCUCCAAUCGACCGGUUGCUAGGCGACGGCUUUGGAGACCUCUUCCACAUAGAUGGCAACAGCAGGCUUCACUCAGCAGUGGUGAAGCUUUGCUCGGAGGAGUGUCGCGUGCUGGGUCACUCUGACCAGUGUUGGAUGCCGUCCCUGGUCUCCACUGACUACCGCGCCAACAUGUUCAUCCCCGGGGAGGAGAGCCACACCCAGGUGGUGGAGGACGAUCAGCAGUCCCUCGACUCCAACCGCAAGAGCUUCUCCACCUUUGGCAAGGACGCAGAGGACGAGGAGGACGGAGGGAGCUCGCUGCUCUCAGAGAUGAACACCGUCUUCCAGCAUCUGCUGCCAUCAUCCUACGUCCCGCUCACCGAGCUCUCAGAAGGUUCCGCCCCUUCCUCUGUCGCCGCAGAGACCAGGAAGGGUUUUCUCCUCGCCAAAGUGGGCGGUGCGUGCGCCGCGAGCUCCAUCUACCCACAGGGCGUGGCCGCCUGGGCAGCCAACACGCACUUUCAGAAUCCCAGUGGCGGCGGCGGCGGCGGCAUGGCGACAGGGCACAGCUCGACCAAUCACGCCUCGGCACAGAUGCAUACGAAAUGGCUGCCGGCCAUGGAGGAGAUUCCGGAGAACCGCGAAGAGGACGAGGUGGAGAGCGCCCUCUACCUGUGGCAGAGCACACAGCAGGACGGCCCGCUGGGCGGAGAGCUGGCCGCCGCCAGCGAAUGACUCAGACGAACACCCUUAAGAAAGUCUCUGUCCACUCUGCUUCUCUCUCUCUCUCCAUUUCUCCCAUUCUCUGCUGAGUGGAACAAUCACACAGAGAGAGGGUGAGAGAGGCGGAGCCACGCUGACCCCGCUCCCUCCCGUGUUAGUAGUGUGACUGUGUCUUGUGAGGCUCUUUUUUUCCCAGUCUUUUUUGUACUCAGUGAAGCAGUGAGACUGUAAACGACCUUUUUUACCCAAUAUUUAUAUCUGUGUACGUGUGUUUGUACAGAAAUCAACUCAAAUGUCUAUUUUUAUAUUUCACUGCAUGUAUGAAUAAAUGCAACUCUUGUUUAUGUAAGAAUUAAAAAAAGAUUCUCCACUCCA